GAUCGAGCAGUGGCGGUACGAAAAGACCAAGAUGGCGGACUGAGUUGCGGUGGAGUUGAACAUUUACGGUUUUAAAGCCUUGUAGAAUCGAAUAUAGCAUCAAAUACAUCAAUAUAUUGAUGUUUCCUUUAGAGCGAGAGCGUUUUAGCUGAAGUGAAGAUUGAAGACGUGAUAGAAGAUGGACGACUACUGCUCUGCUAAGAUGGUGACGUCACGUAAAAGAGAAUCAACAACGGAGAAAAAGACGAAAGAUGAAGACGUCCGGCAGCUGAUUGGUUAUCCAGAAGAACUUCACCUUCAGGGGAGCUCCACUUUGAAGCAGGAGACUCCACAACCACCCUGCAUUAAAAAUGAAGAGGAGGAACUCUGCAUCACUCAGGAGGGAGAGUGUCUUCUAGGACGAGAGGAAGCUGAUUACACCAAGUUGCCACUGAGUAUUCUCUCUGUGAAGACUGAAGAUGGUGAAGAGAAACCACAAGCAGACAACCUCUUAGCUCCACUAUCAGAUAGUGAGGCUGAAGACGAGGUGGAAGUACCUUUGAGCAGCGAUACAGACUGUGAAGGUGAUAUGAGGACUCGCACUGACAACAAACACUCUGAAUGCUCUAAAAAGAAGACCGACGCCCAGCAGUUGAUUGGUCAUCCAAAAGAAGUUUCCCCUCAGUCAGGGGGGAGCUCCACUUUGAAGCAGGAGACUCCACAACCACCCUGCAUUAAAAAGGAAGAGGAGGAACUCUGCAUCACUCAGGAGGGAGAGUGUCUUCUAGGACGAGAGGAAGCUGAUUACACCAAUUUGCCACUGACUGUUGUCUCUGUGAAGACUGAAGAUGAUGAAGAGAAACCACAAGUAGACAACCUCUUAGCUCCACUAUCAGAUAGUGAGGCUGAAGACGAGGUUGAAGUACCUUUGAGCAGCGAAACAGACUGUGAAAGUGAAAUGAGGACUCAGGCUGACAGCAAACACUCUACAAAGAAGAGAGGAAAAAGACGUUACAGCUGCUCAGUUUGUGGUAAAGGCUUUUCCCGUAAGAGCAUUUUGACUCGACACUUGAGAACGCAUACAGGAGAAAAACCAUUUAAGUGCUCAGUUUGUGGUAAAAGCUUUUCCCAAAAAGGACAUUUGAUUGAACACACGAGAACGCACACAGGAGAAAAAACAUUUAAUUGCUUAGAUUGUUGUAAAAGCUUUACUAGAAAGAGCCAUUUGACCCAACACAUGAGAUCGCACACAGGGGAAAAACCGUUUAAGUGUUCCGCGUGCGGUAAAAGUUUUUCGCAAAAGAUCCGUUUGACUGAACACACGAGAACGCACACAGGAGAAAAACCCUUUAAUUGUUCAGUCUGCGGUAAAAGCUUUCCUCGAAACAGCGACGUGACUCAACACAUGAGAACACACACAGGCGAAAAACCAUUUAAAUGCUCCGUUUGUGGUAAAAGCUUUCCUCAUAAGACCAAUUUGAUACAUCACCUAAGGACACACACAGGAGAAAAAACAUAUAUUUGUUCAGUUUGUGGAAAAAGCUUUUCUCGGAAGAACAAUAUGAUUCAACACAUGACAACACACACGGGAUAAAGUAACUUGUAAUUGUUCCAUUUUGUUUUCAGAAGAGCUAUUUGACUCAACACACAAUAAAAGUCACUGGAGAAACUA